AUGUCCGACUACGAGAACGAGGACGAGUGCUGGAGCGCCCUGGAGGGCUUCCGGGUGAAGCUCAUCUCCAUCAUCGACCCCGCCCGCAUCACGCCCUACCUGCGCCAGUGCAAGGUCCUGAACCCCGACGACGAGGAGCAGGUGCUCAGUGACCCCAGCCUGGUCAUCCGCAAGCGGAAAGUGGGUGUGCUCCUGGACAUCCUGCAGCGGACUGGCCACAAGGGCUACGUGGCGUUCCUAGAGAGCCUGGAGCUCUACUACCCGCAGCUGUACAGGAAGGUCACGGGCAAAGAGCCCACCCGCGUCUUCUCCAUGAUCAUCGACGCCUCCGGGGAGUCGGGCCUGAUGCAGCUGCUGAUGAGCGAGGUGAUGAAGCUGCAGAAGAAGGUACAGGACCUGACGGCACUGCUGGGCUCCAAGGACGACCUCGUCCAGGAGCUGAGGGUGAAGGACAGCCUGCUGCGCAAGCACCAGGAGCGUGUGCAGAGGCUCAAGGAGGCCUGCGAGGUGGGCGGCCGCGAGCUCCAGCGCUGCAAGGACGAGAACUACGACCUGGCCCUGCGCCUGGCCCGCCAGGGCGAGGAGCGGGGCGCCGCGCUCAUGCGCAACCGCGACCUGCAGCUGGAGGUCGACCGGCUCAAGCACAGCCUCAUGAAGGCGGAGGACGACUGCUCGGUGGAGCGCAAGCACACGCGGAAGCUCAGGCGCGCCAUGGAGCAGCGCCCCAGCCAGGAGCUGCUGUGGGAGCUGCAGCAGGAGAAGGCGCUGCUGCAGGCGCGGGUGCAGGGGCUGGAGGCCUCCGUCCAGGAGGGGAAGCCGGACCGGAGCAGCCCCUACGUCCAGGUGCUGGAGGAGGACUGGCGACAGGCGCAGAGGGGCCUCCAGGAGCAGACCGCCGCCAUCUUCUCCCUGCGCAAGGACCUGCGCCAGGCCGAGGCCCUGCGCGCCCGGUGCACGGAGGAGAAGGAGAUGUUUGAGCUGCAGUGCCUGGCCCUGCGGAAGGACUCCAAGAUGUACAAGGAGCGCAUCGAGGCCAUCCUGCAGCAGAUGGGAGAGGUCGCCGUCGAGCGGGACCAGGCCAUCACGACGCGCGAGGAGCUGCACGCCCAGCACGCCCGCAGCCUGCAGGACAAGGACGCGCUGCGGAAGCGGGUCCGCGAGCUGAGCGAGAAGGUGGACGAGCUGCAGCUGCAGCUGUUCCAGCGCGAGGGCCAGCUGCUGGCGGUGGAGGGCCGCCUCCGGUGGCAGCAGCUGGAGACGUCCGUCCUGAGCUCCGACCUAGAGGACGGCUCACCGAGGAACUCCCAGGAGCUCUCGCUCCCCCAGGACCUAGAGGAGGAUGCCCAGCUCUCAGACAAAGGCGGCCCGGCCAUCGGGGAGAGCCCUGAGCAGCCCUUUGUGGCUCUGGAGAAGGAGCGGCUUUCACUGACCCCCGAGGACGCAGGCCUGAGCGGCGGGGAGCCCCCCGAGAAGGAGAAGGGGCGGCGGCGUCUCAAGGAGAGCUUCGAGAACUACCGCAGGAAGCGGGCCCUCAGGAAGAUGCAGCACGGCGCGAGGCAGGGGGAGGUGGACUGGGAGAACACCACGGGCAGCGACAACACCGACACCGAGGGCUCCUAGCCGGCCCCUCCGUCCAGCCGCCCGUCGUGGGAGGAGGACAUGGCGCCGCCCGGGACCUGGGCGCUGCCCCGCUGGGCCGCC